AUGACUACUUCUCAUAUUUCUUCUUUGAAAAAUCAAAAUUUAAUUGAAUUCAAUUGUCUUGGUACUAUUUUUCUUAUUCGAGAAACUUCUCUUGAUCGUUUUCCAAAUACACUUCUCGGUGACCCUAAACGACGUACGUCUUUCUAUAACAAAGUAAAACAACAAUACAUUAUUGAUCGACAUAUUAUUUCUUUUGAAGCAAUUAUUAAUUAUUAUGAAACAGGCAAAUUAGUUGUACCUACAAUAUAUGAACCAAUUAUAUUUUUUGAAGAACUAAAAUAUUUUCAAUUAGAUAAUGAAACCAUUGAACAUUGUUAUGAUACUGAAAUCAAUCAAGAAUUAAUUAAUCAUCAUCAUCAUCAUGAUCAUGACCAUCGUGUUGUACCAGAAAAUCCUAUUCUCAGAGCUAUUUGGAUUUCAUUAGAAUAUAAUGACUAUUCAUUGAAAGCUCAAGUUAUUCAAUUAAACUGUUUAAUUAUUUCUUUACUGUUUUGUUUAAAUAUUUCCAUUGAACUUAUUCCACAAAUAUCAAGGGAUAAAGUUUUUUGUCAUAAAUUAUCUAUUAAACAUGAUUCAACUAACUGUGAUAAUACAUUUUUUGAUUUUCGUCCAUCGAAAACUGUUGGUUCUCGAAUUCUUAUAAUUGAACAAUUAUGCACUACUCUCAUAACAUUCGAAUAUAUUUUUCGUUUAACUUCGUCACCUCAUAAAUGGAUAACAUUUAUUUCAUUAAUAAAUCUUUGCGAUUUAUUUACAUUAUGUAUUAAUUGGAUUUAUUUGAUUUUGAUGGAAAUGAAUAUAUCGAAUGAUGAUAAACAAGAUCCAUUUUUUAAUCUUAAAUUAUUCCAAUAUUUAAUGAUAUUACGUUUAUGUAGAUUUUUUCGUCUUUGUCGGUAUGUUAAAUCGUUACGAAUUCUUUUUUAUGGUACUGUCAAUGCAAUUAAAUAUAUUCUGUCUAUUGGCUUCAUAAUAUUAUUUUUUGUUUUUACAUUUGGUGUUAUUAUACAAGUUAUUGAAAAAAAUUGGGAUCAUGCUUAUGUAACACGUCUUGAAGAUUUAUUUAAUAUUGUUACUAUAUCAACAAUAACUGUUGGCGAUGCUAAACGUGUGCCAGUGUCACCGAUUGGGAAAAUUCUUUGCUCAAUUCUUGCUGGAAUAGGAUUAAUUGGAAUUUCUUUACCAUUACCUUCUGUCUAUCGAAUAUUUCAAUCCAUUUAUCGAUUAGAACAAAUCGAUAGAAAAUUUGUUACAACAAAAUACGUUUAUCCAAAUGGACAACUAUUUAAAAAUCAACUACUGAAAGAAUAG